CCCAAUACGCCAGGAAUACGUACGGCAGGAAUACUUACGCCUAAAACUUGCAAUUAUGACUGUUUUUAGUACGUUUUUCACGAUUAUACAUACACACAGUUUCCAGCUUUUUUUCCAGGAGCGUGCACCAAGAAGUACGUGCUGAUGCUUAUCAUGGACGCAAACCUCCGCGGAUAUCCGCGGAAGCGGAUAUGAAGUGUCGUCCGUUCUUUACUAUUACUCCUUUUAUUUGCCGUAGAAGAAUUAUAUAUUACAUAUAGGUGUAUUAUUUUUCCGAUUACAGAUAUUUGCGAAAAGGCAUGCAUCCGCGAACACAAUCGUUUGGUGAAGAUGAACCAUCAGUACAACACCAUACGCACGACGCUUUCCAUAAGUUCUACAACUUCGAAAGCUAAAACACUGACUGAAGCUGCGCAGUACAUUAAGAUGCUUAUGCACGUUUUACAUACGUCCGAUCGCGCCAAUGCUAAUGGGAAUGGAAGCGAACGUUUGGCGGAAAGCAACGCUACUGACCCGUUGGAAACAGCAGAACAACUGGAGGAGAAGUACACACUGACUGACGAUUUCCGUGCGAUUCUACCGAAGGAAAUGCAAACAUUGUCCAUACCAGCGCUGGUUGAGGAAAUGCCCUGUGUAAUGAAACUGUUCGCACUAAAACCGACCAUGCCAACGAGCGACGAUUCGGAAAAUGAUUGUAAUGUGGCGGAAAAUGGACCAUCCGGUUCCUCAUGUAAGCCCAUGGAGAUAGAAAUCGAUGGUUUUGUGGAUGAAUGCAAUGUACAGCCGAUGGAUGUUGAUGAAGUUAUCGAACAACCAGCCGUAGAUCAGACUAAUGUCACACGCAUCCAAAAUCCAUCGUCCUGUUUAACUAAUUGCGAAAAUCGACUCGAUAUGAAGCAUGACAAUGUGAAGGUUGUACCUUCAAUAAAUGAGCUCUACGUUGAAGAGGAUGUAGAAAUGAAACUGCCUUCGUUUGCGAGCCUACAAAACAGCAUUCGGUCUAUUCCAUCGGUGAACGUUGAAGAGGAUGUAGAAAUGUCUCUUCCCUCUACGUCAAUAAUGAAACCGAUUCCUACUGCUGUUCAAGAACCAGAACCAAUGGAAGUGGAUUGUUCGAUGACGACUGAACUCGAAAGAAAUUUGGGAGAAGUUUGUGACGAGUGGUUAGACUGGGAUUUACUUGACACUGGGACAUUCUACAAUGAUCAGGAUAGAUUAAUUUAUAUGGAUACAGACAGUGGGGAUGAAAAUGAUAUCGAAGUUCCAUUGGAAUUUACUAACUUAUGAGCGGCACUGGUGUGGUGC